AUGUUAAGACAUUCAAGUUGUGAGACACUAACUACUAUUGUAUCUUUAGAUGAUAACAAUCAUUCAAAUAGAACAUUAGAAGAAAGUAAUAAUAUAUUUAAUGUACAGGAAGAUACAGUGUCGUUAGCUUCUUCAAUUAGUACACUUGAUUAUGAUUUUGAAGGAAGUAUACAAGAAGAGACAAUUGAUGUUUUCAGAUCAGAGACACAAAAAAAAAUAAGAAAUAUAUUUAAUUUUUUUCCUAAAUUAAUUAAUUUUGAAAAUUUACCUGAUUGGUUGAAAGACAAUCAAUUUAUUCGCAGUGGAUAUCGUGCUCCAUCAGAUUCAAUAAAAUAUGUUUUUUUUUCACUUAUUCAAUUUCACAAUGAAACUAUUAACAUUUGGACACAUUUAGUUGGAUCUAUAAUGUUUUUUAGUGCAUGUAUAUGGGUGAUGUCUAGACCAAAUAAUUUAGUUCCAGCAAAUGUUAAAUGGAUUUUUCUUCCUUUUUUUUUAGGUUCAAUUAUGUGUAUGACAUGUUCAGCCGCAUUUCAUUUAUUUUUCUUUAAAUCUCAAAAAUUUGGUGCAAUAUUUUCAAAAUUAGAUUAUUCUGGAAUUGCUUUAUUAAUAAUAGGAUCAUUUAUACCAUGGAUAUAUUUUGUUUUUGAAUGUCAACCUCAUUUAGUUAUAAUUUAUAUUUCAAUGAUUACUGUUAUAGGAAUAUUAGCAGUUAUCGUAUCAUUAUUUGAUAAAUUUGCUCAACCUCGAUUUAGACCACUUAGAGCUGGUAUUUUUUUGACUAUGGGACUUAGUGCCAUAUUUCCUGGAAUUCAUUUACUUUUAAUUGAAAGUUGGGAUAUAAUUGUUGAAAAAGAAUUAUUAAAAUGGAAUAUUAUUAUGGGUUCUUUGUAUGUAAUUGGAGCUCUCCAAUAUGCUUUAAGAAUUCCUGAAAGAUUUUGUAUGGGUAAAUUUGAUUACUUGUUUCAUUCACAUCAAUUUUUUCAUAUUUUUGUUGUAAUAGCAGCAUCCUUGCAUUUUUAUGGAAUUUCAAGAGUUACUGUUAAUAAAAUUAGUUCAGGAUCAUGUGAGGAACAGGCAAUUGAAAUAUUAUUAGAAUUUAAUAAAAAUACUUAUAAGUUGUUAUUAAAGUGUUAG